AUGUCAGAGUGUCUUAGAUUGUUUUCACAGGAGUUUGAGAAUUUGAUUCAGCGAACCAAUUCCAAACCCAUAAUCACUUACGAGGAAUUCGAUUUCAACCAAUUGAUUAACUACCUAGAACAACUCGACAUCUUGAACAAAUUACAACAACAUUUAUCCGAAUCAAUGUCCUCUGAAGAGGCACAAUCAAUUGACAAAAUCAAGACCCUACUUGAUAAAUUGUUUACUAUUGCAAGAAUACAAGAUUUCCUUUCUGAUGAGUUAAGUUACUUCAUUGUAAACCUCCAUCUCAGUGAAUUCAUUCACACUCAUUUUCCAAGAGAAAUGGAGCAGUAUACUUCAAUUCUAAUGAAAAUCUCGAUUUAUAAUUUGGUUGAAGAUUCCUAUUUGUCAAACUUACUAGAUGACUCACUCUCUUCCAAGUCUCGGGCAUGGUUAAGUACCAAUAUCCUCAUAAAUACAGCCCAUAAUUUCAACGUAAGCACUUAUAUCAAUAUGGUUAAUCCUAAAAAUCAUGCCAAAUUCCAAAAGUUAUUACAAGAGAAUCUGGAUUUUACAAACAUAAUAUGCUUGAUGACAUUGUUCAAGAAGUUAAAAGUAGAUCACUUAUUUCUUGCAGGGUUACCUCAAUCUUUCCUACCUAUGGAUCAAAUCAAAUACAUUACCAACUACAAUCCAAGUUUUAGGAAUCUAAUUAGUUGUUCAAUUACUUCCAAGGCGAUCAUACUCCCGGAUUGUCCAGACUGUUUUAUUCAACCAAAAGAAUCAAAACUGCUAGUCUUAUGGAUGAACGAUAAAAAGAGUUUUAUUCCUUGUUUAAUCAAUCUCCACACCCUUUCCAAUUAUUUGGCAUUAUCAGAUUCCACACUCCGAAUAAAAUUUGAAUGCAUGAACUCAAGACGUACUCGUUCAGGUAGCCUUCUGAACCCAGAGUAUUUACAAUCGUUCUCUAUUGUAAAGGAAAGAACUGAAUUUCUUACCGAUAUUGAGAUCGAGUUAAAGUUACAACAGCAACUGCAAUUCAAUUGGUUGGUUUCAUAUUUAAGUCAAAACAAGUCAAACAAGACAAACAAGACCAGGAAGAUCUCUAUUAAUUCUUUGAUCCAUGUUUCCGAGUCACAAGUUAUGCCUGAUACAAAUGAAACUACAGAUAGUUUGGUAACAGAUGAGGUUAUCACUAGCUCUGUCCUUACCAGAACAAAUUCUACAGAUACACAUUCUGCAGAGAUUACUAGUUUAGAGAAAAACGAAGAGACAGUUCCAAAAAGAAGUCCAGUAAGAAGUUCAGGAUCAAUUAGAAAACGUCCAAAGUCUCUGGUCAAAACUCCACAGAAUCAUCUCAAAUCAGAGCUUGCAAAGUACAGAGGGAUAGACCAAGCUAAAGAGAUGGUUCAACCUAUUUCGACUCAAGAUAUACUUUUAGCAACCAACAGUCAAGUUUCUAAACGUUUGAACAACUAUAAUUUGCCAGGAGCUGCUAAUAAACAACUUCCUAUUUCCACCGUAAGCGACGAAAUCUGUGCAACAUCUACAGCUAAUAACACCAUCCUUCCCAGAGAAUUUACCGAUAUAGAUUUGAAUCAAACCACAUGUCCCACCAUUGGUUCGGCCUACGAUGUCAUGAAUGAAAGUUUGAAACUCUUAUCUUCUAAUCUUAUCAACAAACUCAAACUGCUUGAAUUUAACAUUCUUAAGAAGCAAAAUCAAUUGCAACAAGAACUAGAUAAUGCCUUUGCUAAAAUUGAACAUCAACACAAAAUUAAACUACAAGAAAUUCAACAAUAUUACAAACAAGAAUGUGAAAAAAUUCUUAAAUAAUUACCUUCUCUACUAUAAAUACCAUAUAUACACCUAUUUAGUUUGAAUUUAUCUUCUAAAACCCAAGAACUUAAAUAUUUCACGAGCAAAAGCUGGGGGAUUAUCAAGAUACAAGUGAUGUCCAGCGUUUGGUAAUAUACUGAAACUAGCCAAUUUCUUUUCUGAUUUCUUGAUAGAUAAUUCAUUAAUUUCAUUAACCAUUUCCAACCCAGCUUCAUCAUUCAUCCAAUCUUUAUCUCCAUAUACCCACAAAGUUGGGAUACCCAUGGCAACAAACUUUUCAGGACAUCUAUCCAACAAUGGCAAUUUAGCCAAUGCACCAACUCCCAACACCCUAGUAAGGGCAUAUUCACCAGAUCCUUUACCAUUGAAGAUUCUGUACAUGUAAUCAUGAACAUUUUGGAAAUGUUGCUGAUCUUGAUAAUAAACAUGAGCAAAUCUAUGGGUUGUCCAUCCAGAAAUCAUCUUGGACUUGAUAGGACCAAGAUUACGGACAAUGGAAAAGGGGGAGAAGUUGCGUUCCCACAUGAAAUCUAUAAUCUUUCUUCUUCUGGUUCUUGGUUCUUCUUCAGAUGCUUCUUGAUUGGAUGAUUGUGAUACAGAUGCAGAUGGAGAAGCUGAGAGAGGCUUGACACCAGCUUUACCGUGAACAAUUUCUUCUUGACUGGUCAACACUUCUUGUUCCAAAGAAACAACCGGACUUAAUUGGUUUUCUUUUUGUUGUUGAGCAACUGAAAUAGAUACAGAUUCUUGAUCUUUUAAUAAGGAAUUCUUGUGGCGUUCAACACCGACUGGACUUAACAAAAUUAACUUUUCCACUAAAUUAUGAUUAAUGCCAGUGGCGGCAUCAAUAAGUUUCUGGUUGUAUUUAAGAGUGUAGGCACAACUCAAGUAACCCCCAAACGAAUGACCUAUCAAGACAAAGUUGUUGAUGUUUCUCUUCUUUCUCCAUUCCUCAAUAGAAUCAAUGAACCAGUCUUCCACUUUAUAAAUAUCUUGUUUAGUUUUUGAAGGAAAGUGUGGAAAGUUUGGUCUUGCACUAAACCCGAAUCCAAGCAAAUCAAUAGCAUGAAUUUUGAUUCCUGGGAUGGAUGAUAAGGAAUCAAAAUUGUCAAUGAAAAGACCCAACGAGGCGGCAUAACCAUGAACCAAAACAACUUCCUUAGUGGCUGGCAAACCAUUAGGAUUCAUUACUGCACUUGACUCGGUCACAGGUUCAAUAUUCUCGAUAAACAAUUCGUGGAUAUAUUUGCCAUCGCCUAGAUCAGUGUUGAUAACCGAGGCUCGUCUCUUACCAUCCGAUUCAGGGAAAAACGGCAAAUGUGACAAUAAGUUAGCUUCGACUUUCUCAUCAGAAUAGUCGCUGUAUACGGUUUGUUUGAUCCAAUCAAAUGCAGAAUCUUUCCAGGAGUAAAUUGGUCUCUUUCUGCCAUCAUUAAAUUCAUUCUUCUUGUUUCUCAUUCUACUCAUAGCAUCUGGGUGCUGAUCGGGAAGAUUGGGCUGGGCUUCUGUCUGUGUAGUCAUGGUGUGAUUUCGUUAAGUUCUAGCGUUGUUUGAAAGCCUGGAAGUGAAAUCCACGAGAGAUGGAAUU